AUGAAACAAAUGAGUGAGAAAUUAGUAAACACUUCUGAAUACGAAGAGGAUAUUACCUCUCUGAAAACCGUCCUCCGGCGAAAACCUCACCGGAAAGUUGUAUCAGGACUCAGGCUGUUAACUGAAUCCUGUAAGAUUACCAGACCAGGCAACAAUGUCAUUUCGAGUAAGGUUAAGCAUGGAGAAGAAGGCGUCCCGAAUCAGCAGCAAAGCGAGCUCCCUCUUGAUGUAUUAAUGCAUCAGAUUCUCGCAAGACUCCCUAUCAAAUCAUUACUCCAAUCAAAAUCUGUUUCCAAACAAUGGUAUUCUACUGUCUCUUCCAAUGAUUUUGCCGAUGUUUAUUUCAAAACUUGUCCCUCUUCUUCUUCUUCUUCUUCUUCUGUAGAAUGCCUCUUUAUCCAGGCAGAAAACAGUUUCUAUCUUUUCUACCUUCAGGAAGGAGAAGUAGUUCUUGAUUAUUCCUUAGUGAAACUAGAGCCUAAUUUCGAAAACAACAACCAGAAUGAUGAUCAUCAUCUUCAUUUGGUAGGGUCGUGUAACGGGCUAGUAUGUUUAUCAGAUUCUUCUUCUUCUUCUGGUUACUUCUAUGUAUGGAACCCCAUUGCUUAUCACUAUCAGAAGUUUCCUGAGAAUCCCGACUUCUGUUUGUGUCCUUAUAACUACUGUUCUUCGUGGGGAUUCGCCUAUGUUUCCUCUGUUAAUGACUAUAAAGUGGUGAGAAUAGCCGAAAACUAUGACACUCAGGAAAUCAUUGUGUCUGUUUUUUCACUACAGACUAAGGAAUGGAAACAGGUUCAUGAACACGGUCUUGAUCUUCUUCGUGUUUCUAUAACCAGAACAAACCCGGGUGUUUUGUUAAACAACACCCUGUUUUGGAUCAUGGAGAGUAGAAAUCAUACUAAAAAUCCUGUUGUCGUUGGCUUCGAUUUGAAACUCGAAAAGUUUGGUGAAGUUCCUGGUAUUUUUCCAAGGAGUAAGAGUUUCCAUGAUCAUUUUUUGUGUGUUAUGGGAGGAUGUUUGACCCUGUGCAGCUCAGACAUGCACAAGGAGUCUUGUUUAUCGAUAAUGAAGCGAACUGGAGAAGUGGAAUCGAUUUCAAUGUCCUGUUAUUCGAAGUCGUGGUUGUUCUCUAGCUUGGUGGGAUUUACAAGGAGUGGGAAGUCGUUGGUGGUGUCUAAGAACUGGGAACUUGCUCUAGUGGAUCUGAGUUCAUCUUCUAAACAGUACAUUCCACUUGUAACGUUCAAAGAAACUCAAAGACCUUGUAUGGUUGGAUACUUUCCUAGUUUGAUUCCGCCAUUGUAG